AUGAUAUUAAUAAAAAUAUUUUCUCAAAUUUUUUUCAGAUUUUUGGACAAAUUACUUGAAGAAUGCACUUCACCAGAGCUGAUUAAAUUGAUUAUUGUUUCUCUUGAUUAUUUCCCUUUAUUGCCACGACUCGAUUCUGAGGAUUGGUAUUUUCCUCGUUUUUUGCUUGAAAACGCCAUCCGAAAAUGGUGUACUAAAUUUGUGGGAAGCUUUUUUACUCUUAAUCAACAUUACGCUUUAUUCCAAAUCAACUUCUCUUGGAAAUGGCCUUUAAAUUUGCUUUUUCUUAAACUUUCUGAUACUUCUCCUAAAGUUGUUAACUUAACAGCACGUAUUUUGUUGAGAUGGCUUUCUUUGUGUCCAAUUGAUGUUCUUAUUGAAAUGAGGGAACAACUUUUGCGGGCUAAAUUAGAAACUCUUGGUGAUGUUGGAAUUCUUUUGGAAGUAUUUCUGUUCGAUGCAGAUUUGGACACAAUGGAAGUUGAUAAAUCUAAAUUGUUAUUAGAAAUUGCUUCUAAUUCUUUAAACAAAUGGAAUGAUUAUUUCUAUAUUCAUUACAAUGAAAUUAUUGCUGAACAAAUUCGAAGAGCAUUGAUUAAUAAUGACGGAACUAAUUUUUUCUGCUUUAAACGUUCAAAGAAUGGCGAUUUUGCACGUGCUUCGGGACAAUUAUCUACAUCUGUACCAACCCAUAAAAAGCAAAAGGUUUUUCCUCCCCCUCAUCUUUACGGUCAUUUGACACGCUCAAAAGUUGGUCAAAAUCUUUUGAAAAAUCGAAAUAUUAUUGGGAAAUUGGAGGCUAUAAUUUGCAAUUUUCUACAGAAAGGGAUUUGUGUUGCUCAGAUUGAUGAAGUUAAAGGUUCCCUUUUUGCUUUGGCCCAAAUUCUUGCAAAUUUGCCAUCUUAUGUAAUUUUCCCAUUCAGUAAAUACACACAAUUAUUAUUGGAAUGUUUUUUACAACAAAGGAAUAAUUCUAAUAAUUUACCAUGGCUUUCUAUUAGAGGAUGUGCAAUUUGGGCAAUAAAUAUUGCAGCAACAUCAAAAAAUCAACUUGUAAUUAAAACACUUUUUGAAUUUGGCUGGGAAUUUGGAGAAUCUUUUGAUAAUUUUGAAUUAAAAAUUGAUAAAAAUUUUCUUUUUUCAAAAAAUAAAUUUAUUUUUAAUUAUCUCCAAAAUAAUGACAAAAAACAAAAAAGAAGAAUAAUUGAAAGAAGAAAAAGAAUAAAAAGUGAAUUAAUUAAUGAAAGGAAUUUAAUAAAUGCCAUUUUUCGUUCAAAUUCUUUGGAUAGCUUUUUUAAUAAUUAUAAUUCUACUUCAAAUUAUUUUUAUACAAAACAAGAUAGUAAUUCUGAAGAAUUUUGUGAAAGAGGUGCUGCUAAUAUAUUAGAAGAAAAGAAAGAACACCACAAAAUUACCGAAAAGGAGAAUAAUGAUCUCAUUGCUUAUAGAAAGUUUUUAGCAAAAAUUGAUAAUUUGGAUAGACAAACAGAAUAUUAUUAUAAACAAAUAAAUAAUUUUAAUAAUUUUGGACAUGUAAUUUUACCAAAAAAUAUUUCAACAAUUUUUAGUGAUAUCUUUAAUGAAAGUGAAAACAAAAAAGAAUCUUCUUGUCUUGAAAAUAAAAAAUAUUUAAAAUUUUCAAUAAAUAAAAAACAUUGUAAAUUUUUAUGUAUUUUUUGUUCAUCUCCAGAAAAAUCAAAAAAUAUUGAAGAAAAAAAAGAAGAAAAAAAUGAGGAAAAAGAAAAAACAGAAAAUGAAAUACGGCAAUUAAUUUAUCAAUUGGCUACUCAAUUUUCAAAUACAGAAAUAACUAUUAAACUUCUUCGAAUUUACAAAGAACAGCCAGAGAUAUUCGAAAAUUGUUGUCUUUUCUCCGAUGUGAUCAAUUUUAUUAGCGAUUCGAAAAUUAUUUCAUUUGGAGGACGUCGUUUACUAUAUCAGUUAUUUUGGAAAACUCUUUCUAAUUAAUUAAUUUUAUUUGUUUAAAUAAUUAUAAAAUAAAUUUGUUUUUUAAAUAGUUUUAAAUUAAAAUAUUUAUAAUCGAGAAAUUUAUGUAUAAAUUUAACAAAAUAUCAAUUUUUUCUUUUUAAUUCUGUUUUAUUUAGUGAUUUAUCAAAUUCACAAUUGAUUGAAAAUUUAACAAAUGGAAACAUGCAUUACUUAAAAUAUUUACUUAUUUGCUCUUUUAAAUUGAUCAAAAUGACUCAGUCCUAAAUAUGAGUUUUAGAAGAAAAUACCUUCUUUUUCAUUUUAUAUUCUCAUUUGUAUUUUUAAGUUAUUUGAGGUGUCCUUCGCCGAAUCAGCCCGUCCGGAUUUUUCUCGACGAGGUUCUAAAUCUGGGUUAAUCCCGGAAAAUCAUUUACAAAAUCCGAAAAAAGAAAGACUUCCCAAGUUAUACUUUAUUAAAAAAAAUUUUUAUCAAGUGUGCAAACUUUUCGUGUCG